AUGAAGUCCAUUCUUCUUGCUGCCACGGCCGCCACGGCUGUUGCCGGUACCAGCCUCCUUGAGCUGGGCCUCAACGUCGACAUGUUCAACACCAUCGACCUCGGUGCCGACCUCAAGCUCCACCUGCCCCAAGGCCUCCAACUGCCGGCGGCUGCGGCGGAGAAGCCCUCUGCCAACCCUCCCCCCGGCCACGUCAACGUGUGGCACCCGAGCCACCACGGCGUGGUGAUUGACCAGUGCGACGACGAGGACAGCGAUGGCUGGCACUGGGUUCACCCUUGUGGCGAUGCCUGCAAGCCGGAGCAGCCCGAGCACGUCUGGACCACCAGCACGGUCAGCGUCACCUCGAUGCACACCGUCAUCAGCUGCGCUCCCACCGUCACCAACUGCCCGGCCAACGGCAAGCAGACCACCACCGUCGUCGUCCCCGAGACCGUCACCAUCUGCCCCGUCGAGGCUGCCAAGACCAAGACGGCCAACCAGACGCCGGCCCCGUCCUCUGCCGGCUCCCCCUCGGCUGCCUCUUCGCCGGCCAACAGCGCUGCCCAGCCGACCGAGACCGCCGUCGUCACCCUGAGCACGCAGACUGUUCCGGCUGCCAGCGGCCCUGCUGCCAGCGGUCCUGCCAGCGGCCCCUCGGGCUACCCGGUCCCCGGCAGCUCGGCUCCCGCUCUCACUGCCCCCCCUACCGUCCCCAGCGGCCCCGCGUCGGCUCCUGCUGCCUCCUCCCUCCCGGCUUACCCCGUGCCCGGCAACAGCUCGGCCCCGGCCUUCCCCACUUCCGCCGGCGUUCCACCCGCUCAGUCCUCGCCUGCCGGCUCCCCCUCUGUUCCCGCUGCUCCGGCCUACAGCGCCCCCGCCGCUCCUCCUGCUGCCCCCGUCUACAGCGUCCCUGCUGCUCCUCCUGCCGGCGCCGCUCCCAGCGCCGCUCCUCUCCCUUCCGGCAACGGCACCGUUCCCCUGCCCAACGGCGCCGUCAGCCGCACCCAGGGCGCCGGCAUGGCUCUCUUCGCGGGUGCCGUUGCCGCCCUGUUCCUGUAA